UUUAUUUAUUAUUUUAUUAUAAAUAGAAGAGUCCCGUGCAAGAAUUUUAGAUUCCAGAAGCAUAGUUUUAUAAAUUUAUCACUCUAUUGACCUUUCCUUUCUCUUUGUUCUCUCUUUAGAAGUUAUGGUAUUUUUUGUCAAUUUUAUUCAUUUCAAUAAGCUUUGGAUUCAUGGAUUUUAAUCAAUCCAAUAACAAUAAACCUUCUUUUUGCUCCUCUUUUCAUUCUCAUUUUUUUCUCUUUGGUUUUUAUUGUUGGGAUUGGGAAUUCUUAACAGCUCUUCUUCUUUUCAGUUUUUUUUCUUCCUAAGCUUUUUCAAUUCUUUGUUACCAUAUUACAUAUACCCUUUUCUUUAUUUUUCUUUUAAUAAGAAAAAAAUAGAUAUAUACACAUAGUUACACACCCUUUUUCUUUUAUUUUAACCUUGUAUAAAUACAUCAAAGUUUAUAAAGAAAAAUAAAUUUUUAUUUAUUUAGUAGAUAAUUUGUGAAUUAGGUGAAGGGUAGAUCGGGAAGAAAAAAUGUCGCAACGGUCGGCGCCGGCGCCGUUUUUGAGCAAGACAUAUGAGAUGGUGGAUGAUCCUCUCACUGAUGAUGUGAUUUCUUGGAGUGAAAAUGGUAACACUUUUGUUGUGUUGAAACAUGCUGAAUUUGCUAGGGAUUUGCUUCCAAAGUAUUUUAAGCACAACAAUUUCUCAAGCUUUGUUCGCCAACUCAACACCUAUGGGUUUCGAAAAAUUGUUCCUGACAAAUGGGAAUUCGCCAACGAGAAUUUCAAGCGAGGACAAAGGGAGCUAUUGGCAACAAUCAAGCGCCGGAAGACCCUAUCACCGAUGAUUGGAAGACCCAUUGGCGUCGGACUGAACUCAACGUCAAACUCUGGUGGCGAAGACUUGGGUUCAACUUCAACUGGAUCGGUGGAACGAAAUACCUAUUUCGCUGACCUAUCAAGCGAGAACGAGAAACUAAAAAAGGACAACGAGAAAUUGAGCGUUGAAUUGGCACUUGCGAAGAAGCAGUGCGACGAGUUGGUAGCUUUUCUUCAAAAUGUUACUAAUGUAUCGCCCGACCAAAUUAACCGCAUCAUUCGGCAAGGAACAAGUGGGUCCAGCCUUGAUGGGGUGCAUUUCUAUGAAGACUUGAAUGCGGCACCGGUAGGUGAAGGUAAAUGUGAGGGUUUGAAACUAUUUGGUGUUAAGAUUGACAUGGCUAAUGCUAAGGGUGAUUGUCGCAAGAGAGGGCAUGAAGACUCAAUUGGUAGUGCCAACAAGAAGUUGAAAACUGUUGUUUAGGACAUAUGAUAAGGUUGUUUCAGUAUUUUUAAGAACUUUUAGUUUGAACAAUUGGUCAAUAUUGAUGCAAAGAUAGUAGUUGUUAACUGGAUAUUUUGUAGUUUGGUUUUUGGUGGUACAUUUUAAAAAUGUAUGACUUUUAUACAGCUAUGAAUGGAUCCUUUUAUGGAUCUGCUUAUAGGAAUUAUUUUCUUA